AUGUGUGGACCUUGCAAGCGAAAGUCAGGCCAAUCAACUCAACAGCCCCCUCCCCUACCCAACACACCCCUUCGAGCUGAAGAGCUUAGCCCUGCCUCGAUCAACACUAUCAGGGCCACAAUCAACCUACCUCACCGUCUAGCUACCAACACAAGCCGAUUUCAAACACCAGCUCAAAUCCUCAGCAAUCGGAUUGUCCCCACCCCAAGCCCAGUCUCUCGACCUAUUAAACAAUCUGCACCAAAUCCACCAAAGUCAUCAGGAUCAACUCCAACUCUACUGGAGCACGCUGAGGUUUACAGACAUGGUGAAAGCACAGCAAAGAGAGUCCGUAUGGAUCGUAUUGAUGUGAAAAAUGAGAAGAACACUCCUUGA